GAGAAAAACGUCUAGCAUUAAAAACAAUGGCGUCGCAUUUCAGCGGAGUGCUUCAGCUCACGGAUCUGGAUGAUUUUAUCACUCCUUCUCAGGAAUGUGUGAAACCUGUGAAAGUGGAAAAGAAACAGGGUCGAUCUGUGGCGAAAAUCCAGAUAGAAGAUGAUGGCAGUUAUUUUCAGGUCCAUCAGGAUGGCCAAAGACAAAAGUUGGAGAAAGCAAAAAUUACUCUGAAUGACUGUCUGGCUUGCAGUGGCUGCAUCACAUCUGCUGAAAGUGUCCUUAUCACACAACAGAGUCACGAGGAACUGUACCGCGUGCUACGUCAUAAUAAGCAGGUUAGCAGUACUGAGCAGAAGGUGGUGGUGGUGUCUGUAUCGCCUCAGUCCAGAGCUUCUCUUGCUGCACACUAUGGUAUUGGCAGCAGUGAAGUGGCUCGUAAGCUCACCAGCUUCCUGAAACAUUUGGGUGUGCAUCAUGUGUUUGACACAGCCUUCAGUCGCUCCUUCAGUUUGAUUGAGAGCCAGAGGGAGUUUCUACAGCGAUUCAGUCAGAGGGAAGCAGACAAGAAGGCUUUACCGAUGUUGGCGUCUGCAUGUCCAGGGUGGAUUUGCUAUGCUGAGAAGACUCAUGGAGAAUUCAUCCUGCCAUACAUCAGCACAACCCGCUCGCCCCAGCAGAUCAUGGGCUCUCUAGUCAAAGGAUAUUUUGCAUCUCAGAAGGGUGUUUCACCACAGAUGAUUUACCACGUAACUGUGAUGCCCUGCUAUGACAAAAAACUAGAGGCUUCCAGACCAGACUUCUAUCUCAGUGAGCACGAGACCAGAGAGGUGGACUGUGUCAUCACUUCAGGGGAAGUUUUGAAGAUGCUGGAAGAGGAGAAGGUGUCCUUGAGGGAUGUUCAGCCGGCACCUUUAGACACUAUGUUUAGUAAUGUGUGUGGUGAGGAGCUGCUGGGCCACGCAGGAAGCGGAUCUGGCGGGUAUCUUCAUCACAUCUACAAACAUGCUGCCAAACAACUGUUUGGUGUCGACGUUGAUGAGCUCACUUACAAGACUAUGAAAAAUAAGGACUUCCAGGAAGUGACUCUAGAGAAGGAUGGUCAAGUUCUGCUGAAGUUCGCUGCUGUCUACGGCUUUAGGAACAUUCAGAACCUGGUGCAGAAGCUGAAGCGAGGAAAAUCACCGUACCACUUUGUCGAAGUAAUGGCGUGUCCUUCAGGAUGUCUGAAUGGCGGCGGGCAGCUCAAGCCUUCUGCAGAUCAGUCCAACAAAGAGUUACUUCAACAGGUGGAGGAGGUUUACCGCAGUGAACAUCCCUCAGUGCCAGAGGACGACUCACAAGUGGCUGAACUCUAUCAGAGCUGGUUAGAGAGCGUGGGAGAGGAGAAAGCCCGACAGCUAUUGCACACACAGUAUCACGCUGUUGAAAAAACCGCCAAUGGACUGAGUAUAAAGUGGUAAGGAGCUGCCCAGAUACUGAUCGACUAGUUUAUUAUGUGUUUGUUUAAAAGAAAAACACUGUAUUAAAGGGAUAGUUCACACAAACAUGUACAUAUGCUGUUCAUUUACUCAUCCACUGGCUGUCAAUGAUAUGGGCGAUGGUUUUCUUUUCUAAAAGCAGAUUUUUAGUUGAGCUGUGCUCCUCAAUUGUUCAUAAAAUGAAAGUCAAUAAAUCAGUAAAUAAGCUCCUGAUCACAUGACUAUUUUUAAAUAAAGGUGAUGUUGAAAGUUAUAAUGUUGCAGUUUUGUAAAUAUUGUAUUUACUGUGUUAUUCCUGUAUGUGUCUUUUUGACUCUAUAAGUGCCGAUGACCAUUGACUUGUAUUUUAUGAAUCCCUAAGGACCACAGUUUCAGCUAAAACUCUUCUUGUGAAUGCUCUACUGAAUAACUAAUUGUGUGAACUAACCCUUUAAUAUCUUUGAGUAUUUUAAAUCAACGUGCACUCACACUACACCAACUAAACAAGCAAUAAAUGCAGUUAUGUACGUGGAUGAAGUAUUAUUUCCUUCUAAUUCGUUUCUACAAGGUAUCUACUGAAGAACCACAUAUCAAAUGCUCUGUGUUUUAUUUCUGUUCAUGAAUGUUGCCUUGCGUCAUUUCUUUCCAUUUACAAUCUAGCCUGUUUCUCUUAAAUUGUUAAAUGCAAAACAGUGGAGCUUCUCUUAAUGGACCUUAUUUGUUACUCUGUGGUAUUGACUGAAAACAGUAUCUUGGUCUUGUUUCUGAGAAUAUAUCUUGAUUUUUGAUGGUAAUAAAAAUAUAAUUGAAUGUA